UUGCGGCAAUUUAUCAAGGGCCAAUUGUCGGUAUCCGGGUUGAAGGAUCAAUGGAUUAUGUUCCUACCCUAAUCCUAGCCCUACAUAAAUUUGCGGCUCGGUAUAUCAUUUCGCGGUCACUGGAUCAAAGUCCGCUUUCAAUUCAGGCUAAAUGAACGUGACUUAGGAAAUCGAUUCUAAGCUCGUUUAGGUGAUUGGGGUUAUGGUUCAUUCCUACGCAGCAUACUAGGUAUAUACCUACCUCCACUUUCACCUUGCCUUAGCGAACCCAAUCAACGCUUCAAUGCACCUAUAGCGCAACUAUAACAAGAUCAAUAUGCAGGCGAAAUGUGACCUGUCUGCAAAGAGGCACGAAGCAAAGCCUGGAAGUGCGUGACUAGCCGGAUUCCGGUGGGAGUGAGGUCAUGAUGUUUACUAUUAAACCGCGCGGAAAUGGCUGGGUGGCAGUUCCACGUCCUCUCCCUACAAUUGUCGCUUUAAUCGCUCUAUCACGGUCUUGGAAAGGCCUCAAUUAUGUUCGCGAUGUUAUUACGAUGGUCUAUUACAGCUUUGGUUGCUGGAGUUUUCGCAAUUCCUUCUCCACAAACACUCAAUUCUAGCAUUACGUUGUUAAUUGAUAAUGAUCUUCAAGGUGCUGCUGGAUCAGCCUCCAAUUCAGGGGUUCUGUUACUAGAAGCGUUUUCAUUGAAUGAUGCCAGUGAAGCCUGUGAAACUGCGGGGGAGAAGCUCUGGUCGCCGGAGUUGGACACCAGCAACGUUCAAAAUAUGUUGAAUUAUUUGAAUUAUUCAAGCUUUAAAACAGGUUUUUCACAAUUCUGGAUUGCAUCUAAAAAUGGAUCUACUCUAGCCAUAGACAAAGACGGCCGUGUAUUCCAGACGAGGUUAGAUGCAAGGUUACCAGUCGUGUGUACACAAUCAGCGCCGUUCUCCAACGCCACGCUCCAGGAUACGAGUGAGAGAUGGCGAAUUACACUGGAAUCUAAUAAUGAAAUAUUGACGGGAUUUCGUGAUCGCUUCAGUUUCCGCUUUCUAGGAAUUCGAUAUGCACCCCAACCCGAACGAUUUACUUACUCUGAGCCAUACGUUGGAAGUGGUAAUGAGGCCUCCGCGCUUGAUUACGGGUCUCAAUGUGUUCAAGCCGGGAAUGUUGGUGAUGAGGAUUGUCUUUUCUUAAAUAUUUGGACUGCCUAUAUCCCAGGUCCCAAUUCUACUGCAGAGACUCUGAAGCCAGUCAUGUUUUGGAUACACGGAGGCGCCUUUACAGGAGGGACAGGAAACGAUCCUACCUUCGAUGGAGGCAAUCUAGCGUCAAGGGGCGAUGUUGUCGUGGUCAGCAUCAAUUAUCGACUUAGCACUCUCGGGUUCCUAGCAUUGGAAGAUAAUGUCACCAAUGGAAACUUCGGGCUCGCCGACCAAAUUAACGCCCUCGACUGGGUAAGAAAUCAUAUAAAGGACUUUGGCGGUGACCCGGAUAGGAUCACUAUCUUCGGACAAUCCGCCGGAGCGGGCAGCGUUCGUGCCUUGAUAGCUUCCCCUAAGUCCAUUGGAAAGUUUGCCGGUGCCAUACCCCUGAGCAAUCUCGGGGGUAUCAACUACGGCACUACGUAUUCCAAGUACUACACAAUUGACGAGGAAAUGGAAGUCGUGGGAAAUGCCAUUCUGCAAGAAACUGGUUGCACAAAUGCGAUAUCUCAAGUAGACUGCUUGCGGGCUAUAUCGCCAUACGAACUCGCGAAUCUAAACACCAUCGCGAGAUACCCGGUCGUCGAUGGGACAUAUCUCACAUCCAACGAACUCAAACUCGACGGACCUACCCUCCCCGUCCACAUAAUGAUGGGCACCACCCGCGACGACGGCGCGCCAUUCAUCAGCUAUCCCACCACCACCAACCAAUCCGCCUACCUCGCCUCGCAAGGUCUUCCCGUCCCUCCCACAGCACUCUUCCCCAUCCCGAACAUCACCAACCAAACCCUCGCGUUAUUCGAAAUGGCCACGCGUCUCGCCACAGACGGUAUCUUCCGCUGCAUCGACCAAGCGACCGUAUUCGCCGGGCUGAGAAACAAGCGAUUCCCGCCAAUCUACUACUACGAAUUCAACCGGACCUACCAAACCCGCGGCUGGCCCAACCUCGACGUCUGCGAGCCGCCGAAAACCGCGACCCACCCCCACGGCGACCCCGGCGCGGAGUACCUCAAAUGCCACUCCGGCGAGCUGUACUUCGUCUUCGGCAACCUAGCCCGGCAAAGCCUACCGCUGCGCGACGCCUCCGACCUGCCGUUCGCGCAAUUCGUCGUGGAUACAUUCUCCGCUUUCGCACGAACCUUCGACCCGAACCCGGAUCCUGAAUUCCUCGCUGCCCGGGGGUACAAGACCACGUUAGCGGAGAUCGAGCGUGUGGGGAGGUGGGAGGCUUCGACGUUCGAAGGGGGAAUGACUAUGCGCACGCUGCAGUGGCCGGGGUUCCAGGGCGCGUUUGUGGAGGGGAGGCAGUGCGAGGGGCUGGGGUUGGGGUUGGGGUAUUAUUUACAGUAG